CUGAUUUUAGAGGCUGGCAUGAACGCACCGCCUGUCAAAGUUUCCUCGGAAGACAAAUGAAACGUACCUGACUUUGUUUGUCAAAGGUGCGGAAAAAGGGUACAAAGAGUUUCUUCUUACAGCUGUUGUUGAAUAUUUAAGGUCUGACAGAGACUCGGCAGACUUUUCACUCUGCUGAGAGAAAACGGAUCAGAGGAACUCUUUGUCGCUCCGGCUGAGGGUACCUUGUGUCUGCAGAGGAAGAGGAGAAUAUUUUCUGCCUUCAUGUUUAUUUUCAUAAAUAUUUAAUUAAUGACAAAGGACUCGGCUCGUGACAGGAACUAUAGAUGGUGUUUGGUGUCAGAUAAGAGGCUGUGUUUGUUUGGUGAAACCCUCAGCAGGCAGGAGACGGCAGCAGAAAAGUCUGUUUACCUGCAAACAGGAGACUUCUCUGAGGUUCCUGUGGCGGCCAUGUUGGGGCCUCAGCUGCUGCCUCCAUCCUCCGCCGCCUCUCGAUGAUGGAUGUUUAGAGGCUGUAUUUUCCCACCGGAGCCUCUGUUUGUUUGACUUUUCCUCCUGUUUUUUGUGGCGUCGUCAUUUUUCCUUCAGAGAAGUUUUGUUUCUUCGUCCAAUCAUGGCAGAGUCCAGCUCUGAGCCGGCCGCAGCGUCCGACCUGCUGAUCGAUCACAACAAACAGGAAACGCCUCUACCUGCAGAAAGCAUCUCCAAAGAACUGAUUGUUACCAUGACAACAGAGUCGCCGGGCCCCACGCCUGGGCUGGACGUCAGAGACGAAGCCCUGAGCAGCAAUGGAGCUGCUGACAGUCCUCUGCCCUCAAAAGUCCAGAAGGAGGAGGAGGAUGAUGAAGCUACGCCAACGCCGCCAGAUACCUCAUCGUCGCUGUCAUCCGGAAAUGGGACAGUGACCGCCAUGACCACAGAAGAAGAAUCUUUGUCAGUGCUGCUCAGACAUAUUAAGAGUGAAAGAGGGGAGGACAGAGGAGGAGAGCAAGGUCUGGAUCUGGACCUGGAGGAAAGCUCCUCAGUGGCGACGGCAGGCGGCUCAGACGACCAGCGGGAGUCCUCAGACUCCGCCUCCUUCUCCAUCCCCAGCCUGGAGCUGUCUGAUGGGGUCACGGGAACGGGAAACUCACUGGACGUGGAGGAUGGCUGCUCCUCGUCUUACUCUGCCCUGGGUGUGGAGGGCCGCUCUCCGUCCACCGAGGUCCCCAGUCUGAAGGACGAGGAGGCUCAGGAGGCCGCAGUCGCCCUCCUGCCCACAGAGGGCGCUGCAGCAGCAGCAGCUGUGCCGGAGCCUGGGCCAUCUAUGCCAGCGUAUUACCUGGUGAAGUGGAUCACCUGGAAGGAGAAGAAGACUCCCAUCAUCACGCAAAGUGAGAACGGACCCUGCCCCCUGCUGGCCAUCAUGAAUACGCUCUUUCUACGAUGGAAGGCAAAGCUUCCUGCUCAGACUGAAGUUGUCACCACGGAGGACCUGAUGGCUCACCUGGGAGAGUGUGUGUUGUCUGUGACACCCAGAGAAAAGACCGACGGGAUGGAGCUCAACUUCCAGCAGAACAUGAGCGACGCCAUGGCGGUGCUCCCUAAACUCUCCACGGGUCUGGACGUUAACGUUCGAUUCACGGGUGUGACGGACUUUGAAUACACACCCGAGUGUAUCGUGUUUGACCUGCUGGACAUCCCGCUGUAUCAUGGCUGGCUGGUCGACCCCCAGAGUCCAGAGAUGGUGGCCUCUGUAGGUAAACUGAGCUACAACCAGCUGGUGGAGAAAAUCAUCGACUACAAACACUCAGCAGACAGCAGCCGAGUCAGUGAAGGCCUGGUGGCGGAGCAGUUCCUCGAGUCCACGGCAACCCAGCUGUCCUAUCACGGUCUGUGUGAACUCAACACGACAGCCAAAGAGGGAGAGAUCUCCGUGUUCUUCAGGAACAACCACUUCAGUACCAUGAUCAAACACAAGGGUCACCUGUACUUGUUGGUGACGGAUCAGGGCUUCCUGCAGGAGGACGGUUUAGUCUGGGAGUCCCUUCAUAACGUAGAAGGAGACGGAAACUUCUGCGACUCAGACUUCAGAUUGUGCCAUCCCCCUCAGAGAGCUCCGCCCACCGCCGCCCUGCCGCCCACGGCCCAGGAGCAGCAGAGACAGAUAGACCAGGACUACCUGGUGGCCGUUUCUCUGCAGCAGCAGCAGGGCGGGGCCCCGGGGCCCCUCAGUGACCUCGAGUUAGCCCGCCAGCUCCAACAGGAAGAAUACCAGCAACAGCAGCAACUUCAGCAACUCCAGCAACAGCAGCAACAACAGCAGCAGCAGGGAUCGCUGCAGGCAUCACAGCAGGUGAGAGGUUCAGGGUCCCAGCAGGGCGGAGCCAGAAGAAGAGAAAGGGACUCCGACUGCGUCCUCUUAUAGACUCUUCAUCAUCUUCAUCACACAGCCAGUCAGCUUGAUGCCAAACCCCAGUGCUUUGUUAAACUAUCUGAUUCCAGGAUGGGAUUUCAGGUUUUGGAAAGUUUGUAAACUUCCUGUAGAGUGGAACACGCGCUGUCUGAUACGUCUGUCUGUAUUCACAGUUUAUUUGUUCAAACCAUGGUCUGUACAUAAAGAUGGACGAUACGUCCUGUCGUACAAAAGUGACGCCAAAACACCCCCCUUUAUGGGAGCUGGCUGAUGGUGGAGCCUGGGCUGGUUUCUGCCACAGCUUUUAAAUAUCCUGAGAAAAAAUGUGUUGUUCCAGUCCACAGCAGACCAAUUCAGGCUUACAGUGAUGGAGUGUUUGUGCCAGUAUUUAUUUUAAUUCAGCUGUCCAGAGCAACAAAGCCAUUAAUAAUAACCCUUUCACUCUUUUAACCCUUGUUUUCUGUAUAUUCUCCGUGUCCUAGGGGCUCUAAACGACCUCUUAAACUCCUAAAAGAAAGCGGAUUAAUUCUCACUGAAGAAACAACCUGCCAGACAUCACAGAUUUUGUGAAUAUUUCUGUUUUUUUUCUCUUCACAGUGCAGUAAAAACACCUUUUUUAUGGUUACAAUCACUGUUAUUGCUUAAGUUAAUGCAUAUUUGCAGGAGCUUUGUUAAAUAUGGCGUUAAUAUGUUAUCACGGUAUUUUUCUUUACAGUGACUGUAUUAUAUCACGGUUUUCACAGUGUUCUGUGGCAGAAAUGUUACCGGUGAUGGCAUUGAUACCGGUUUACCGUCCACCGCUAAUAUGUAGGCAUGGUUUUUUUUUUAUGCUAGAGAUACUUUAAGAAAAAUCACCAAAUUUAAGGAUGAUGACAGAUAAUUCAUGGGCGUUCUGCUGCUGUUAAAGAUUCAUUCCGGUCAUUUUUGACAACAUUAAAGACAACAACAAGGGUUAAAAAUCUAAUAAUAAAACUAAACUACUGAAACAAAUGAGCACUUUGAUAUAAAUAAUGCUGAUCAGACUAACUAAAAACAAAACAACUUUUAAAAAAUCAUUCAUUCAACGUGGAUUUGGAUGUUAAGUUUAAAUCAUGUCCCAUCUGUUAACAUGGAGGAGGUGGAGCUUAUUACCCAUACUGCAGACAGCCAGCAGAGGGAGCUCUGAAUGUUUCGGCCUCACUUUUCAGGAGCUGCCCUGUCGUUCAUCUUGUAUACAGUCUGUGUUUUCAGCUGAUUGUUUUAUAACUGGCCAAUAAAUCUGUUACUAAAGCUC